CAUCGUAGUAUCGUAGGAUGCAUGGGAAGGAAACACACGCACACACCGCCGUUGCUGCUUGAGAGGGAGAGAGAGAAGGUGGGAGGAAGGAGAGAGAGGGAGAGAGCGCCAUGCCGGGAGGCGCGGCCCCACCUCCAGUGCCAGUGACGGUCUUGCGAGGGCACACGUCAGGCGUCCACGCGUCGUGUUACCUCAAGGAGGAUAUUCUCCUAACCGGGUCCGAGGAUGGCGUGGUGAAGCUCUGGAACCUCGAGCGGAGGAGGGCCUUUGCCGAGUUCGAAGCGACUAGCCACGGCAUGGGGGUCCAGCGGCUUGACCAUCUCGGCCGUGGUAAAAUCGUCAGUCAGGGCCGAGACAUGCUGAUAAAGGUGUGGGACGCCGAAAGCCUAGCGGCCGGGGGCGGUAGUGGCGUUGGGUCGUCAUCUCGGGCGUCAAUUACCCCGCAGCCCCUGCAGGUGCUCCCGACCGGAGCGUUUCACUUCUGCCAGUUCGCGCUGACGCGAUGGCGUGAAGAAGCAAGACCAAAGGGCAAGGAGAGCACGAACAGUAGCAGCGGUGGCGGCGGCGAGCACGAUCCUCGAGAAGAGAAAAAGAGCGGCGAGAGGCGAAGGGAGGAAGAGCGGUCACCGCCUGGUGGGCAGACGGGGCGAGAGGGAGAUGCGGCGGAGCCGGCACCAUCCGCAGCAGCCGACGAUGGGGAAGCACAGCAAGGUUCUUUUCUCUCCGACGAAAGCUCCUUCGCAGAAAACGUCAUGCUUGCGCCGUGCGGGCAACAGACAUUGGUGUCCUUGUGGGACCUGCGGAAGGCGAGGCCGUCUUUUACCUUCGCUCCGAAAGAUGCCGAGCAGAAAGGCAUGGUGAUGUGCGUGCGGCUUCUGGGAGAGUCGCCCUCGUGCGCGAGCCCGUUCGCGGUGGUGGGGCACGACGCCGGGCACCUGUGCGUGUACGACCUGAGGGCCACCUCCGCGGAGCCGCUGCUGGAGUCGCGGCUCCACAAGGUGCCACUACUCUGCGUGGACGUAGGGUCUUCCUGUAGGCAGGGCGUGUCUGGGUCUGCGGACGAGAGCAUCAACGUCUUCACGUUGUCCACCAGAAAGGCGAGUUGUGGAUCGUGCGAGGUGGUCAAAUCGUUCCGCUUGGAACACCCUGGGACGUCUUGCGUCGAGAUCCGGAGGGACCAGAAGCUGUUCGUUUCUGGAGGUUGGGACCACAGGGUACGAGCCUUCAGCUGGAAGACCCCGCGCCCCCUGGCGGUGCUCAGGUCUCACGAGAAGAACGUUCACACCGUCGCCUACAGUCCCCGGAUAGGCGGGCUGGUGUCCGGCUCAGGGGACUCGAGGGUUGCCGUGUGGGAGCUGUAUCCCGAGAGGAAUCGCGGGGGCGGAGGCAGAGGCGGGGGGGACGACGCCAUGAGAGAUAGCAGGAGAUGAUGCGUCGCGACCUGUACGGAAUCAGGCGCUGGUUAGAGUGGGUCACGAACGGUGCAACCAGUUUCAGUUGCAGACGGUGGACACAAUUGGUGAUGUUAACGGCUUCCCCUGAGCGGUUUUGUCGUCUGUUCACGAGCAGAAGAACCGUGCUAUGUUUUUUAAUAGGGGCACGAGGGAUACACAUCGUUUCGCACAGGGGUAGCUCGCCACGUCAAGUGCUGCAGCUUCGUGUGGGGCUCGACGGACUAACGUUUUCCCCCGUGCACUGUGCAAAUACAUCAGUGACGAACAAUCGCAUAAAAACACCUUCCUCGGGCCUGCAGAGACGAGGAAUGUCCCCCAAGGGAAGGUGGUCACGUCAAGGAACGAAAAACAAGGGCAUCUUGAAGGUUCCUAUCUGGACAAGAGCUUCUUACCACACAAGGCGAAAAAUUUCACCACACCAAAGUUGUCUUGCGAGGUGGCGCAAAUGCAAGAUGCAAAAGUGUCUCUCACUUCUUGGACCUUCCUUUCAAAACUUCAGUAGGCUAAUGUCUCAUGGUACUUCGCUUCACCUGUGAGCUAGUGACUGUGGAACUUUCAACCCAUUCGUGUACUCCCUCCCAUCUACAAGGCGGUGUCGGUCCUACAACAUUUGAGCUUUCAACACGCAGUCUGAACUUAGCGGCACAAUGCAGAGGCUUGACCUACGUACAAUGGGCCUUGAAUACUGCUGAAUGUAAAACCUAUUACCCACGAAACCCCAAACGAAACUGGCCGGCAACCUGGCUUGCUCUCCCUCGUCCACCCCUGACAAAAAAGAUGCAACACCCUGAGAAAAAAGGUCCUGUGAAAGCAACAAGGAAAGGAAUCCAAUAGGCGGUAUAUUGGUGCCGACGAUUCCGGGCAGAAAAUGGAAUUACGAGACCAGAGACAACCACCCACGCUGGGCACAACAUGAACUACUCUCACAGUGGCGGGCAGCAGUGCAUAUGUUGCCUCGUCUCGUUUGCAACCUUGUCAAGAUUAUGGUAUAUCUACACAUCAGACGUUCUCCCAGUCGUAGCCUCACCACAGAAAGCGACAGACGCUGCUGUGGUACUCUGCAUAUCCUUAAUCGCGCCAGCCCCGCUUCUUGAAACCUUGUUAGGGUGACUACAGAAGGAUAGCAGACAGACUUUCCUUGCAGCAAGCAUGGUUUCUAGGCUACAGAAGGACAGCAGACAGACUCUCAUUGCACGACGCUUUGUGACCUAGAAGAGAUGUAGCAGCCGUGGGCGCAAAAGAGAAGCAACAACAAUACAACAACAGCAAUGCACCUGUCUCGUGUUCACGAGCCUUGCGGUUGGGGACUUAUCAAAUCACCAAUAAACAAAGCCCCAAACCACGCGCUACGCGCGGCAUAAUAGGCCGUGAGACUGAACAACGUGAAGGUGAACGCGUUCACCAGGACCUGCUCCGCCGGGUAGAAGGAGUACGUCCCGGUGCUGAUGGUAUAGUGGUAGUAAUGUCUCUUGACCCACGACACGAGCCCCAUCCUGAUGUUUGACCAAUGCACAGAGACCCUAGACCCGAUGAACUCUCUCCGGCAAGUCUCCGCGCCUGCGGCCUUUGUCGUCGCGAACUUCGCUCUCGGUCCAAGUUGGUGUAGAUCUCCGAAGAUCUCCAAAGAUCUCCGAAGAUCUCCGAAAAGCGGCUGCUCAAAACCCAGGCCGUCGCCGCCUGUCCCUGUUGCCCCUUGCUCUAUCCGUUCCACUUAAUCGUUGGAGCACAGGAAACACCUUCCUCUCUUGCCUGUAACAAAAUUGACCUUUGACGUGACGCUGCUGUCGUGCAGAUACGCGGAAGAGAAAGAGAGAGCCCGUGGCGUGUAGCGUGGAAGGGAGAAGCGUUUUCAAAAAUCCUGCCCAACCAAUUAAUUUUCCACCAGUUUGAUCAGGAGCUGCGUCUCCUUCUUCGCCUCCUUCGACGUGAGGUGAACAACGCCCAAAGUUUGUCUCCCAGGGGAUAAUAUUGCGAGCGUACGGCACUGUCUGUGGCGCUGGGCGUGGUGAGUGCAGUGUGGU